AUGGAGACCAGUCCAGAGCUCGACAAGCCUGCUCGAGCUCCUGCCGACCCCGCACCAGCCGCCGUCGUCGCCCCCUCGCCGUCCAUUCACCUCCCGCGCUCGCUCCUCGCCCCGACCUUGGGCGACCUCCCCGCCGCUCCAGAAGACCAGCAGCGCUUCUACAAGGUCCACGACGCCCUCAAGUCUAUCGGCGCCCACCGCGUCAGCACCAUCGCCGAGCUCCAAGGCGAAAUCGACGACGCCCAGAGGGACGACGACGACCGCCGGCUCGAGGAAGAAGACGCCGCCGCCGCCGCCCUCGCCUCGUCCUCAGCCCACUCGUCCGACAUCCCCUCCGACUCGGCUCCUCGUCCUCGCCGUCGCACCUCGCUCCCUCGCCCCGCCCACAACGGCGACAGCACCGACGACGACGACGUCGCCGCUACGCCCCUCCGCAAGCCCGACUGGGCGCACCUCGCCUCGGCCGAGAGCGUCCUCGCCGGUGCGGCGACGGCUGCGGCAGCAGGCCCGGUCGAUGAGGACGCGGCUAUGGCGGAGCCGGACGACCGCGAGGACGAGGACGCCGACCUCGAGGAGAACGGCGAGGACGAGGACGAGGUCGUCGGCGUGCCGGUCAAGCGCGACUUGACGACCGCGGUCGAGGCGUCAAGUGCACCCGCCAGAACGUCGGCGGGCUCCGGCGGUCGCCGCAACACGUUCAAGGUCGCUCAAGGGCACAGCUCCGAUGUCGACAAGGCCGGCGAGAAAUCGUUCGCCCGCCCGUUCGAGCAGUACUGGAACGAGCACGUGUCCAAGCUUCACCACCCGCACGUGUGGUACCACCAGUCGCCCGUCGCCCCAUCCUCGUCCGCCUCGACCGCGACCACGACGCCCGCCGCCGACCCUCUCGUCGGCUGCACCCUCACCCUCACCCUCCCCGACUCUUCCUCUCGCAUCUUCAGCGCCCCGGCGACGCACCCCUCGCGCAAGGCCGCCCGCGACGCCGUCUUUGCGCUCGCGUGGGCCGCCAAGGCGCACGAGGGCGCGCGCGCUUUCCGCGACCAGGUCGGGUGGGACAGGGAGGCGGCCGAGGAGCGCGAAGAUAAGGAGCGUAUCGGGGCGAUGGCGGGAGGGGAGAAGCCGUGGGAGGCGUUGCGGGCCGAGGGCGAGAGGUGGAUGGCCGAGCCGGUGAGGUGGGAGUUCGAGGAGGACUCGCUCAACACGACGCACGCCUGCCGCCUCACCGUUCCCGUCUCGCCGACCUCGACCCUCACCUUCCUCACGCCGACGACUUUUACCUCGCACCGCUCGGCCAAGGACGCCGCCGCCCGCCUCGCCCUCGAAGCCGGCGUCUCGAGCCAGUACGAGCGCGCGUUCAAGGAGCGCCUCGAGCGCGAGUCGGGCGGGUACCUCCAGUUCGACGCGACGGGAGGUCAAGGCGCCGUCCUCCUCAAGAAACAGGCCGAGGGCGCCGAGGCGAGCGACAAGGAGGCCAUGGACCCGGUCACGCUCCUCCAGGCCGAGGUCAAGAGCGCGUUCGGCGGCGUCAACAAAUUCGUCGACUGGUCGUUCGGCACCUCGAGGGACAACAGCUCGUCCAGCAACCCGCUCCUGUCGUGCACGUUCAAGCUCACCUUCCCCGAGCCCGCGCCCGUCGACGACCCGUCGACCUCCUCCACCUCGACCGUGCCCGUCGCGCCCGAGCCCUUUACCUGCUCGGUACCGGCCUCGUACCACACCAAAGCGCACGCACGCACCUCGUGCGCCGCCCUCGCGUUUCGCCUCGGCGUCGUCGAGGUCCUCAAGCCGUACCAGGUCAAGCGCGCCGACGAGCUCCGGGCGAGGAAGACCGACCGCGAGCGGCGCGAGCGCGAGAGGCGCGAGGAGAGGGAGGAGGGGGGCGUCAAGAGCGCGCCGAGGGCGGGCACGGUGCCGUACGAGGAGCUGGACUCGCUCGACAACCCGGCGGCAUACCUCAACCUGUGCGUUCAGCAGUGGACGGGCAACUCGGCGCCGCUCAAAUUCGAGUACAAGACCGCCGAGCAGCCGGGCAGCCGCACCAAGCAGCACGGCUGCACUGUCGACGUGCGCAUCGACCACACGUUCCGCAAGGCGUACACGGUCCCGCCCUCGAGCUCGACCCUGACGCGCGCCGCCGCCAAGGAGGCCGCCGUCCGCCUCGCCCUCUCUUCUCGCGUCCUCGACCUCAUCAAGCCCGCCGACGUCGACCCGCCGAGCAGGGCCAAGGCCGUCAAGCGCGCGCGCAGGACCGAGGGUCCCGAGUCGGCGGCGAGCAGCGGCGCCGAGGCGUCGAGCGGGCCGAGCGGCGGGGCGGGCAAGCGCGCGAGGAAGGCGGCGCAGGUGGUGCAGGGCGCGCUCGAGUCGCCGUGGGCGGCUGCCGAGGGAGCGGGCGGGAGCGCGGGCGCGCUGAGCGUGAGGGCGCCGCCGCCGGGCGAGAGCGCCGUCGGGUUCCUCGACCAGGUCUGCCUCGCGCAGCUCGGCAGCGGCGGCCUGCCGCAGUACGACGUGUUCCAGGACUCGAACUCGAGCUUGUUCGGCGCCACCCUGCGCAUCGCGCUCGGCCCUCCCUCGUCUUCCUCCUCCUUGUCGUCCUCGUCCUCGCCUGCCGUCAUUUCCUUCUCCUCCGACGCCGUGCACCCCUCGCGCACGCACGCGCAAGAAGCCGCGGCGACCAUCGCCGUCCGCGACGGCCUCGUCGACCAGCUACGGCUCGGCGGCGCUCACCCUCGCCCGCCUUCGUCGGGCUCGAGGGAUGCCGGGACGAGCACGAGCGCGAGCGCUGCCGCGGUGACGGCCCCGAGGGCGAGCUCUGGCGGCGCCGGCGAGGGCAGCGACGUCUCGCAGGCUGGCGGCGAGGGCCCUGUUGCCCCCGUCGUAGCUGCUCAUGACGUCGAUGCCGCCGUCGCUGUCGUUGGGGCGAAGCGCAAGCUCGAGGAGGAGGACGAGGAGGAGCAGGUCGUCAAGGAGGGCUACCUCGGCGGUGCGGGAGCGGCGGUGCAGCAGCUGAGGGACGGGUGCGCGGUGGUCCUCGGCAAGGACGCGAGCGUCGUGCCGAGGUACCGGUUGGUCCAGAAGGGCUCCUUCUUCUCAGCUUCCGUCAUCGUUACCCUCGAUACCCUCUCAUCUGCGACUCGCGCCUUCGGCGUUCCCCCUUCCUUUGCGACCCACGACACCGCCUGCGACGCCGCCGCUCAGGCCGCUCUCUCUGCCGGCGCCCUCGAGCUCGUCCAUGCCCGCCACCGUCCACCCCCACCUGCCGCCACCGACAUCGUCUCGUCCCACGCGUCGUCGCACUCGGCCACCGCGUCGUCGAAGCCUCGGCGCGGCAAGCAGAUGUCGACGGCCCGCUCUGGCGAGGAGCAGGCCGCGCUCAGCAGAGCCACGUACGGGGGCUUCGGCGCCGCCACGGCCGCGACCUUCGCGAGCGCCGUCGAGCAGGACAAGGCGCGCGAGAAGGAGAAGCGGGACAAGGAGGCGAGGGCCGAGGUCGCGAGGAACCCGCUCAUCCCGUCUGCGGCGCCGGCUACGGCACAGGUCGCGCAGCGGUCGCCCGUCGCUCCUGGUGAGCAGGCGGCUGCUGUGGACCCGUCGAGGUCGGCGGGCGUGGCGGGAUCGGCGCAUGGGUUGGUCAUGGACGGGCCCUCGGUUUCGGCGCUCAAAGCCUACUGCCUCGCCAAGAUGCUCCCGAUCCCGCUCCUCCGCCACGAGCCUCUCGCCGACGGCGCGUCGCACAAGGUCCACGUCGUCCUCCAGGGCCUGCGGUUCGAGCUCCCGUCGGUGCCGGGCACGGCAAGCGCCGCGAGGGAGCGCCUCGCCGUCAAGGUGCUCAAGCAUCUGCGAGCGCAGGAGGCCAAGGAGGCGAGCGCGGCCUGA